GAAGAAUCAACGUACUUUCGCCACCGAAUCCCGAGGUCCCGCUUAUGCCUAUGCAAGCUUUGACCGCUACAACGGCUCACGAGCCUGCGACACCGCGGUUGAGGCUCAGACGUCGAAAGAUCGGGGACAUCGGAGCCGCUGUCACCUUCCCGCCAUCAUAGCGCUGCGCGUCGGGAUACUUCCACAUACUGGCUGACACCAUCUGUCAUUCCUGACCACCGAUAGUCCACGUCCGUGUAAAGGCCUUCAGAUGCUACCGUCCUGACCUCGCGACUCACUAUGCCCUCGUCGCAAAUGCAAGAGGCGGGCAGCCCUUCAGCCCCAGGCCUCCGUCUUUCCCUUGGCCCUCUGGGCCUCCGCUCCCGCAGAGGCUCCAUAGCCUCUUUGUCCUCUCGUGGUCCAGUGGACAAGGAAGUCUUGGCGCAAGCUCUCGAUACCAUCCACACGUCCGCCUCGAAGUCGGAGACUCUCACGACAUUCGACCAGUUCGCUGCCCCGCCGCCCUCAUCCAUCAAUGAUAGUAAAGGCAUAACAGGGGAGUUUGUGCAAGGGGGGCUGAGUGGCCUUUACAACCGGUUCAGGACAUCGGUCGGGCGAGGCAAAGACUAUACUGGGGGGACAGCCGGCUCCACUGGCGGCUAUGACAGCGACAAUGGGUCCAUCGCUAGUUCGAGGACGAAUGGCAGGCAUCCCACGGCCAAGAGCUCCGCGGGGACUACAGUGUCUUCGCCGGUUGUUGUAUCGACGCCUCCAUCGCGCUUGCAGUCGCCCUUGACAUCCACCUUUCGGGAGAGCGGCGCACUUCCAAGCUCUUCGGACAUAAUCCCUUCGUCUGCCACGUCUAGAGCGUCUAUAGGCAGCCCUCAUUCUCCGUUGGCAAUGCAGGCAAAGUCGAAACCGUUGUUUGGACUAACACCCGUUGAACACGCCAUGGGCAAAUCUCGCGGCAGCUCGUCCACAGACUAUAGAUCCGAUCUUGUCCCUGGACAUGCUAGACGAUCGAGCAACUCGACAACAUCUUCCCGCAUAACAUACUCAGACAGAUUUCGAAAUAUACCCAGGAGUGAUCCUCAAGCACCAGACAGGGCGCGCUCAAGCAUUUUGAACCCUAGACAAUCGGAAGACGAUGAUUCAAGCAUCUUCGGCGAAGAAGACAUUGUCCUGAUAGACGAGCCUCUCUUUUCUGAUCCAACCUCGUGGGCGAGCCGUAGACAAUCAUUGCAGGGAGGUCAGCCAGGACCAAUAAUACAGAGCCCGCCGGCUGGUCGGAGAAGCAGUCAAGACACGCAAAACACUGUUGGGAAAGACACGAUUAGAACUUCAAGGCCAUCAAAUGUCACAAGCGAUUCUGACUUGACAAUCAAACCUAGCGACACGGAACCAGCGACGCCUGCUACGACCACUCUCCAAAGGCCUCCGCUUGUGCAGAUAGGUCCAUCUCAUCUUCCGGGAUACCGGGUAUCGCGUGCAUCAUCUUCGGACGGACUUAGUUCGGUUACUACCGUGGCUCCUGCGCGAAGACCGUCAUUCCAAGACAUAAAUGAGUACGCUGGUACGGAAUCGGAGAAGAGGCCGAGCGACGCGCGCAGCGGAAGCACUCUUGCGCAGAUGAAGCGGAGAGUAUUAGGCAAAGAGUUUUGGAUGAGGGACGAAAACGCCAAGGACUGCUUCAACUGCGGCGAGGCUUUCUCGACGUUCCGGAGGAAACAUCACUGCCGUACCUGCGGUCAAAUAUUCGAUUCCAAAUGCACGUCUUUAGUAUCGGGAAAGCUUUUUGGCCAGUCCGGUAGCCUUCGAGUCUGCAAGCCUUGCGAAGUGAUCAUCAAUGGCAACGAUGAUGAUUCCUCGGAUUAUUCUGAGGAUGCCGAUCAAAGCUCGCUUUUUGACCAGGGAGAUACUUCGCAGCCCAUUAACAUCAAGAGCACCAGUGGGCGUGGGACCGUGAAAGACCAGCCGUCCAUGAAGAGCAAUCAUCUUAGCAGAGAUCAUACUAAGAUUGGUACCCCUAUGAUGGGUAUACCGACUUCACGGAAGCCCGGUGAAAAGAGACAGCGUGGUGCUGUCAUUGAGUUCAGUGCUGGCCAGCCAGUUCUUCCUCGUCCGAGUUCGUCACGAUCACUUCGCUCUCUCAAUAUGAGACCGCUUUCUUCAGGCCACAGACGCCACCAUUCCCGCCACCAAAACAUGCGCAUUCACAGGGAUGAGCGCGCUCCAUUUCACCGUCACCAGACUGAGGAUUUCGACAAGAAGAGAACAUUACCUGCGUUCCACCACGAUAGCAUCAUCGACCCGGAUCUUGCAGCGUUCAUGUCGGAUGACGAGUCAAGCGAGGAUGAGGCGCCUAGCAUUUUCGCUACACUGAACAAUGAAGGGCAGGAAAACGAAGGUGAUAGAAAUGGCCUUGGCGGCUUGUUAGCAGCAAUCAAGAAAGGGAAGUCGCGUGCGGGAGAUCGAACUACGACUGGCUACUUGGCAGUGCCUUUCCGCGACAAUGACAACCUUAGCAUGUCGAGCAAGCGCUUGCCUGGUUACUCUCGGCGGCAACGUAAUAUGAGCGUCAGCAGUCUUUCGCACGGAAAGGCCACUCCAAGAAGGUCAAAGAGUAAUUCUUUGUUGAAACCCUUCAGCAUAAACUUUCCCAAUAUUGUUGGGGGACAACAGGGUGCACUACAAACCCUUGCGCAGGUCAGUGGCAGCAACUCAAAGAUGGUGCGAAGCGCAUCGAUGAGGGGUAAGCAAGCGCCUGCUGUGGAGCUCAACCGAGCCAGUCUGCAACAUGUACGCAAGCUGCUUCGUCAGAUGCUGCAAGACGCGGAGGUGGUGAACGUUUCAAGCUGGGAGAGAGCUCUCAUUCCCAUCCUGCUACGCUGUACGGACGACGUCAAUCCCGAUGUCCAGCGCAACGACGACAUUGACAUUCGGCACUACAUCAAACUGAAGAAGAUCCCUGGAGGCAGACCGGGUGACACCUCAUACAUUUCUGGCGUCGUCUUCACCAAGAAUGUUGCUCUCAAGAGCAUGCCAAGAAGCAUCCCUCAGCCCCGUGUGCUCAUUGUUACUUUUCCAAUCGAAUACGCUCGCCACCAACAGCACUUCAUGAGCUUGGACCCGGUUAUCAUUCAAGAAAAAGAGUUUUUGAGAAAUCUCGUUGGACGCAUUGCCGCAUUGAACCCUCAAGUUCUUCUAGUUCAACGAAAUGUCUCUGGGCUCGCACUACAGUAUCUUGCGGAAGCGAAUAUCACCGUGGUCUACAACGUCAAACCGUCCGUGCUCAACGCUGUAGCCAGAUGUCUCGAGUUGAGGAUGAUCUCUUCGAUCGACAAGCUUGCUACUGAUCCUUCGACUCUUGGUCGGUGCCAAAGCUUUGACGUCAAGACAUAUGUGUACGGACAAACGAAGAAGACAUACAUCUAUCUUUCUGGAUGCAAGAAAGAGCUUGGCUGCACCAUCGUCCUACGCGGCGCUGAAAAUUCGACUUUGAGGAAGCUCAAGCACAUUACAGAAUUCCUUUGCUACGUCGUCUACAACCUAAAGCUGGAGACCUGCCUCAUGCGAGAUGAGUUUAUUCUCAUACCGUCUGUUACCGAUGCCGCAUCCUCCAAAAAACCCAAGACUGCUGUGGAUGAGGCAAAGCCGGUUGUGCCUGAUAGUGGAGUUAUUGAAGCUUCUGCUGGCGACGCCGAGAAGCCGUCUGAGGCGGCUUCGAACGACGGCUCGACGGAUCCUGAGAAGAUUUCAAUAAAUGAUGAUCAACCUUCGGAUCAACUGAGGCCUGUCAGUACGUCGGCCAGUCAGGAGCUCACUAUCCCGGAGGAUGUACCGAUGCCCUCGUUCUAUGGAGACAUCGUAGAAAAGCACAAAACCAAGAUUCUCUCGGCCUCUCCAUUCAUCAACUUUAUGCAACCAUACCUCCUCACUCAAGCCAGAGAGCAAGAGCGGCGACUUGCGUAUCUCCGGCGCCUGCGGGAUCAAUAUGGUCGCGAAGUAUCGGAGACUGAGGAGAAAGACAUGACACAGAAGUUUGAACUGGUACAACCAGAGAUGGUUCAUACUGUAGUGGAAAAGGCAUCUCGUCCAGUCAGGGAUUUCCUCCAUGCUGUUCACGAUGCAGAAUACGACAAGGCAAUGCACAAUUACCUCACGCAAAAGCGGCAGUGGGAGACCUACUUGUCGGCUAACACCGACCUUUUCGAUCCUUUUACUCAUCAAAAGAUCGCAUUUCUUUACAGCCUCGUCAACUCUGUUACGUCAACACCCUGUCAAGGACCAGAAAUCGUUGCUUUGGAGUUUUACAAGGAACAUGAUCUUGAGCCUGGAUUCGCGGCAGACUGCACGCUUGGACAGUAUGUCGAAGAUUUGUGCUACGGUGCACUCUCUCAAUGCACACAAAUGGCCUGUGGGAAGAGAAUGCUUGAUCAUCAUCGUCACUACAUCCACGGCGAAGGGCAGAUGAGUGUCGUCGUUGAGAAAUAUCCUUCCAAGAUCAAAGGCUUGCAUAACACAAUGCUCAUGUGGAGCAGCUGCAGGAUUUGUGGCCAGGAGACGCAGACGAUACCCAUGUCUGAAAGCACGUGGAAGUAUUCUUUCGCCAAGUAUCUCGAGUUGACUUUCUGGAGCACAAAUCUGCACCCAAGGGCCGAUGUUUGUCCCCACGACAUUCAUCGCAAUCAUGUGCGCUAUUUCGGUUUCAAUGAUAUUGCGCUGCGCAUACAGUACGAUCCUAUCGACUUGUAUGACGUCAUCGUACCGAGGCCGACCAUCACCUGGAAGGUCGAUCGGGACCUUCGGCUGAAAAACGAGCAGUUCCUCAAAAUAGAGGAGCGCCUUGACAGGUUCAUGGCUUCAGUCAAAGCCCGUAUCAAGAGCAUCCGCGCUGAGAGUGUUGUUCCCGAGAAGGUCGAGGCGUGCAGCAUAGAAGUCGAGAAGCUAAUGAAGAGAGCCAAUGACGAACACGAGUGGCUUAGAUGGAAGCUGCAGGACAAAUACUUGAGCUCGCGCUACUACGAAAUUAUCCCGCUAAACAGAGCAGUCAGGGCAAUUCACGAGAAGGCACUGGCUUGGGAUGACACCUUCGUUAAAUUCGAACGCGCAUUUUUCCCAUCAGAAAAAGAUAUCCAGCGCCUUGCUGUUCUGCAGCUGAAGAAAAUAUUUCUUGACCGGGACGAAUCACAGUCUUCUGUGAAUUCAAUCGAGGAGGGCGUCGAGGAAGCUUCUGCUGUUCUAGAUGGUGGUCACACGAAUGAGAAGCAAGACAGCAUCAAGAUUACCCCUACACCAUCGAGCAUGUCGCCGGAAGAAACCCGUAAUAUGCUCACUUCUGUUGUAGAGCAAAACCAAGGUGGCAUCAGAAAGAUCUCGGAGAAAGAUCAUACCGAAGGUCACGAGGCGGAGGCUCCAACUCUGGGAGUGCAGGAACCAGACCUCACUACAGAAGCACAGGAUGAAGGUACUCCUUUGAUUAAAGUCGGGUCGCAAUCAGAAGCGGUUCAGCAACAACGCGUGCGCCACCUGGAUCUCGCGGUCUCAGCUGAUGCGCCGCCUGCACCCACACCAGAAGCGCCAGAGCAACAGCAGCCAUCUAUGCAACCGCCACCACCGAACCUUUCCCGGACAACUACUACCACCGUCGCCACAGAUGUUGCCCCUAUGACCCCUCCAGCGCCGUUGUCACGGACUCUGUCCGAUAUGGUGGAGAACAUGCCCCGUAUUGGCGAUGUGCCUGAUGCGCCUUCAGAGUCGCGCAUUCCUCGCCUGUUAGGCAGUAUAAGGGGUGAUGGAGCUUCAUCUAUGAUGAACAGGACACAGUCGACCACCGGAAUCCCCCGUUUGCAACAGGGCGCAACACCCUCUAAUACUCUGCUGGCUCCGACUGCUACCACAAAGCCUGAUCCUUCGAAACCAAGUUUUUCGGAGUCGGCUCGUGCAUUGGAGAAGCGAUUGUCUGGUCUUGGACUUGGUUCUUUCAAGUCCAACAAGUCGACGCACUCCAUGAUUCCUCGCUCUGUGCCCACAAACAGGCGAGACUCCAAGGUUUCGACUCUUGCCAAGCACUUCGAGCAGCUGAGUAAGGAAUUUGAGAGGCAGCGGUUGCGUGAGCGGAAUCAACGGGCGCUGAAGAGUCGUCAAACUCGAGCUUUCCCUCUUGCUUCUUCGAAACCCAUCGUGGAAGUGUACCGAGAUGCCCACGACGCCGUUGAGGAGAAAGAAUCUGACGAAGAUCGGACCCCGGCUACGCCUCCUCCUCGGUUGAGUGCAGAAACCAGUACUAUCAAUGAGAGUGGCUACGCAUCGACCACUGAGCCAACCACUGGGCCUCACUCACCUGUUGAAGAACGACAUGAGAGGGCUAAGGUCGCGAGGCCCACAGAUGGUGGUGAAAGCGCUGGGGAUACCUCUAGUUUGCAUCUAGAGUCUGACACCGAAGGAGGUACCAGCGAUACUGAACACAGCAUGCUUGAUGAUAUAGGGAUCCCUGAUAUUUCCGAUGACUCUCAGGUCUUGCCGCCGAUGGACUCUUCUAUGGACCUAAGCGUCGACCUCCCCAAGCACGAGAAGUCGUUCAUGAUGAAGAUGCUCAACAACUUCUGGUCAGAGCGUUCUGCAAGCGGAUGGACUCCGUUGGACUACCCAUUCGCACCUAUCGAGCAUGUUUGGGAGGACUCGGAUAUUAUCGUCCGCGAGGAUGAACCGAGUUCUAUUAUCGCAUUGGCUUUAUCAAAUGCGGACUACUUGAAAAAACUCAACGAAUUCCGCUCGGAGCCGAGCUCUGGGGAUGCGCACAGUGAGAGCACUGUACUUACGGAAGACGACAACAUUGAACGCAACCUGCGUCAUCGGUCCAACACCAACAUUAAAUACACUUUCCAGAACCGGACAGUGAAGGCCACGUGUAAGAUAUUCUUUGCGCAAUCCUUUGAUGCCCUGCGGCGCAAGUGCGGAGUUGCGGAUCGGUUCGUUGAGUCCAUGUCUCGUUGCCUGAAAUGGGACAGCAAGGGAGGAAAGACCAAGUCUAUCUUCUUGAAGACGUUAGAUGACCGAUUCGUGCUCAAGUCUCUAUCUUCGGUCGAAGUUAAUGCCUUUUUCAAAUUCGCGCCGGACUACUUUUCCUUCAUCCACCAAAACCUUUUCAACAACCUCCCGUCGGUCAUCGCCAAGAUGUUUGGCCUGUUCCAGGUGACUAUUAAGAACCCAUCGAGCGGGCGCGACUUCGACUGCUUCAUGCUUUGUAUGGAAAACCUGUUCUAUGAUCGGGGCAACGAUCUCCGCCGAUUCGACCUGAAGGGAUCAAUGCGGAACCGCAAAAUCCAGAGCACAGGCGAGCAAGACGAAGUGCUGCUGGACGAGAACCUUGUCGACAUCAUCUUCGAAAAGCCCAUCUUCGUACGUGAGCACACGAAGAAGACGUUGACCCUCAGUGUGUACAAUGACACGCUAUUCCUCUCCAAGCAGAAUGUCAUGGACUACAGUCUCAUGGCCGGUUUCAACGACGCGACGCGAGAGAUUGUUGUUGGCAUCAUUGACUGCAUCCGCACAUACACGUGGGAUAAGAAGCUCGAAACGUGGAUCAAAGACCGCGGCAAGAACAAGCCAACAGUCACGUCGCCCAAGGAUUACCGCCAGCGCUUCCGCGUCGCCAUGUCUACGUACAUUCUGCAAGCGCCUGACUUCUGGCACGCUUUCAACGCCAGCACGCAGCAGAUCCAGAUCCGGCCAAUGAAGCUUCGCGGCGGUGAACAUGGCGGCGACGGCGCGGGCGAGGAGGUUGAGAUGGAAGCGGAGAUGGGGGCUGGGCCGGCGAUGUCGACGGCGGGAGGGAUGUCUGCCGUGCAGAGCUUGAGGGGGAAGCCGAUUUAGGUGUGUGAGGGAAGGGAAGAGAGUGGGGGAAGUGGUAAUGUGCUGUUGAUGGGUUUUUGAUGGGGUUUGGUGCUUUUCUCCUACCGCUGCUUCUGGUUCUUGACUUUCUUUUUUACUCCAGGUUCUGUUCGGUCUAUCGCAUAGCGUCUGGCUUUUUAUUGGUUAUGUUAGUCACGAAUCUGCAUAAGGCAUAUCGGAUGGCGCCUUGGGCGGGCGGUCGGCUGGCUGAUGGUUAAUUAGUAGUACAUAUGGUUUGGUUGUUUAUUGUUUGUUUAGGUUUGUUAGUUUGUCUUGUAUGUAUUUAUCAUGAAGACGGCUUAUGGAAUAUCCAAUUCUAUUGUAACGCCC